CGUUCCAACAGUUUAGCAUACAUUUUUACCCACUGGUGCGUACUUGUUUAAUUUGUUUUAGUAAGUAUGUAAGUACUUACUUGUUUAAUUUUUUUCAUUAAAUAUUUUUAUAUUUUGCAUCAGUGAGAAAAAAAGUUACGCGUGUUUGUUGCCAUCAGCCAGUUUUUUCAAAGAAUGCACCUUUGGAUCACUCGGUAGCGCGCAGUAAGGCUGCAAUGAAAAAAUGCCAUCAGCCUUGCAGAAGUGGCAACCUCAAUAAUUAUGGUCUGUUGGUUUGGGGAGAAUUACUAUAGUUGUUAACUUAUUAUUCCUUCGUGUCUUUUGCUACGCCGUUCGAUGUUGACUCACACAACCUACUGGGUAGUGUUGAAGUGGUUGCAUUGAAUAUCCGCUUUUGCCAAUAUGUCGGCGGAUGCGAGGCUGUACCAUGCUUAUGGCUUGCGCAACGAUGUUCGCAAUCUACUGUGUUUCGUGGAUGAAAAUAAUGUCAUCUAUCCGGCUGGCUCCAACAUUGUAUACCAUAAUCUGGAGUCCAACCAGCAGCGGUUUAUUCCGCUAACCGAACAGGGAAAUAAUCUCAAAGCCAUGGCUGUGGCGCAGGGCCAGUACCUGGCCUACGCGGAGAGCGCUGUACCGUUCGCCGCGCUGGUCGUCUACGAUCUGGCUACCUUUCGCAAAAAACGAACGAUGGUCACCAAUGAAAUCAACUCCACCACAUGGACGGCAAUUGAUUUCGACGACAGCGGGAAACAAGUGGUCGGAUUAGGCGGGUCUCCGUACAACCUUGUGUACUGGUGGUGGGAGAAGACCCGCCUCCUAGGUACCACUAUUAUCGGGCAGGAGAUGCGACAGAUUAAGAUUGCCCCUGGAAACCCCAAUCGCAUAGCCAUGUGUGCGCCGGGAAUCAUCCGCGUGUAUAAACUGGAAGAGAACCAGUUUAAACUGGAACCGAAAUCAUCAGCUAAGAUCAAUGAGUUCUUUGAGUUUAUCACGCUAGUCUGGAUAAGUGAACUGCGCAUGCUGCUGGGCACUCAAAAAGGGCAGGUGAUUAUCUGGGAGGAUGGGAACUUGGUGAAGGAUGUAAUGGAUCCCACGGCACUUUUAUCCCUGCACACGCUGAAGUUGUCGAAGAAGUCUGAUAUGUCGAUACCGGUUGACAAGAUCGUCGCGCAUCCGAGUGGGUUUGUGUGUACGUAUGGAGCCGGCUUACUGAAGAACUACGAGGCCGCUGCCAACGGCGGGUACGCAUUCCACAAAGACAUUAAAAUCAUGGUAGAAGACAAGAGUUUAGAAUACGGAAUUGUGGAUGAGCAGCAGAUUGUUGAUUUGGCAAUUAGUCCGGCAAAAGACGUUGUGUGUGUUGUCACCGAUAAACGGCAAAUUUUCUCCGCAAAACUUCGGGAUUUACGCCGGUCCAAAGAAGAGUUCUACAGGAUGAAGCCGCUGUUGUACUUUCUUCACAGCGGUGCUGUGACCGGUGUGGAUAUCUGUGUACGAAAGCCGUUGGUGGCCAGUUGCUCCGCCGAUAGAUCGGUACGAAUCUGGAAUUUUUACAAUCGAGAUUGCGAGAUUUGGAAGAAAUUCCCGGAGGAACCGCACUCGAUUGCGCUUCAUCCCAGUGGCUUAUAUUUAUUGGCGGGAUUCACGGACAAACUGAAGUUGAUGCAUAUAUUGAAUGAUGAUAUCAAGACGGUUCGGGAUCUGUCGAUUCGUGGGUGCAAGGAAGUCAAGUUUUGCCGCGGCGGUCAUUUGUUUGCUGCUGCCAACGGCUCUAUAGUUCAGAUUUAUGGAACUGUGCAGUUUGACAAUGUUGCGAAUCUAAAAGGGCACACCGCACGCAUACGCUGCAUCCUGUGGGCUCACGACGAUAUACACCUGUUUACAACGAGCCAGGACGGAUCGUUGUUUGAAUGGGAUAUGCUGCGCGGAGAAAUCAUCCACGAAGUGACCCUACGUGGAACGAUAUUCACAUCAUUAUUCGCCACGGCUGAUGGAGCUACUGUUUUCGGUGUAACGGCGGAAGGCAUCGUCAAGGAAAUCGUCAACGGACAUGUGACUCGAGACAUCAAGUGCCCUAACAUGGUGUUGACCUCAGUUAGCAUGUCUCGCGCUGGACACUGCGUUUUAUUAGGCACCACAGAAGGACUGUUGAAAGCACUUUCGUAUCCGCUUCCAGCGGACGAAAACGCUGAAUUAGUCUGGCUCGAUACACCCGCUCACCAGUCAGAGAUUACCAAAACCAUGGUAUCUUACGAUGACCAGCUACUGAUAACGGCCGGCGCGGACGGCAGUGUCUUCGUGUGGAAAGUGGUAGAAGGCGAGAUCGCCCGCAUUCUACGCCGCGACAAACCCUCGCCCUAUUCGGACGAACUGCUCAUCGAACGCAAAGAGCUGGACUUAAAGAAUGCCCAUAUUCUGGAGCUGACCACUAAAGCUGAGGAAAUUCAGCUGGAGCACGAGUACCAAAAGCGCGCCAAAGACUCGGUGUUUAAUGAAAAGAUUAAAGACCUCACCGAGAGUUUCACUAAGGAUAUUGAAAUGCUGAAAAGCAAAAACGAGCGAUUGGUUCAAGAAAAAGACCAGAAUGACCAGCAGCAUCAACAAGAUAUGGCAGUGCUGAUCGCCAAGUUCAACCAUGACCUUUUGGAGCAAGAGCGUAUUACCAAUCAAAAGCUGCUGCUGGAAUAUGAAAAGUAUGCGGAACUGAUAUUGGAGAAGGAGAAGCAGGAAGUUGAUUUCAAGGACCAGUUACAGGAUAUAACGGCCGCCAAAGAAGACGCUAUUGAGCGCCUGACUAUUCACUACGAGAACAAGAUCGAAUCAUUACACGGCAUCCUGGAGCGCACUCAAAAGGAGUUCGGUGAUGCACAGCGAGAGCAUGAUGAGCUGCGACACCUGAUGGAGGAGGAUGCCGAUAUGGAAAUUGUCGAUAUCCGGGCUCGCUACGAAGCAGCCAUCUUUGAGUUGAAGGAUACUAAUAUGCGGCUGAAAGGGGAAAACGGAGUAAUGAAGAAGAAAAUCAACAACCUGGUCAAAGAUAUUGAUGACCAUAAAGCGGAGGUCAUGAAGUACCAAGCGGAUUUGACAAAACAGCAGAAUGUGUCGAAGGGAUUGGAGAAAGAGAUCGAGUCGUGGAAGAAGGAAUUGAAAGAACGGGAGGAAAACAUUCAGGAUAAGGAGAAGCGCAUUCAUGAGCUGAAGAAGAAAAACCAGGAGCUAGAGAAGUUCAAGUUUGUUCUUGAUUUUAAAAUCAAAGAAUUGCGCAAACAGAUAGAACCAAAGGACGAUGAAAUCCUGGAGCAAAGUCGGAAUAUCAAAGAGCUAGAAGAAAAGAUGGCAGAGCAAGAUGACAAACUACAGGACCUGAAGGGAACUAUCCACAGCAAGAAUAACGCACUGGAACAGACCAGAAAAGAACGCGACGAAACCAAGCUUAAGCUUAAAGAACAGGAAACAUUUGUGCGUCGCUUUCAAGGUGACAUGGAACUGGCAACCGAAUUCAUCAGUAAUCCCACAAAGCUGCGCGAGACAUUUCUUCGUAUUGUCGAUAGAUACGUCCGCCUUGGCGGUAAAACUACAAAGUCUGUGGCCAGUGACGAUUCCACGCGAGCCCAGCGCUUAGAGCGGGAAGUGAGCGAACUGAAGGGCGCCAUCAGCGACACCAAAGCCCUAUACCAGCGCAAACUCGAAGUGCUCUCUCGAAAACUCUGGAAAAUGAUGCAGCAGAACACCAGCCUCAUCGAAGAAAUCAACAUGUUCCGCCAGGAGGUCACAGCCCUGCGCACCCGGUUGCAGCUCCUAGACACAGCCGUUCAAGGCGCUAAUCCACGAGCCAAAACCGACUUUGCCAAGAUUCAGUCGCUGUUGAAGGAGAUCGAGACACUACGCAUAGAGGAUCUGGAGAAAGAUGGAACGCUUGAAUUAUACAGACAAGAAUUACGGCGCCUGCACUUGUUGUUCAUCUUGAUGCGAGCGGUGGUCAAUAACGACCACAGUCCCGGUGUACAGGAGCUGGUGGAGCGACUUCAAGACGUCAAACUGCCUCCGGUUGUGGGUCCGUCAAAGAUAGAUGCAGUAGCACAGAUGGUUACCGACAAAAUCCGUGCUCGAGUGGUCGAUGCGUGUACAACUCCUUUACCGUUGAGAACCAGCGUCGUGCCAGAAAUCAAGACCCAACCACCAGCACCGGUUCGGGAAACUGUUGAAGCAGAAGGACGAAAAAGAGUUUUCUUUCCACCCACGCUUGCAACCGACCUGGUUGUGCCGCCAACUACCGCUGCUGUCGCAAAAGUAUUGCACGUGGAUACUGUUCAGAAUGAAUCCAUCGAGCCGAAAGCUUUUAGUGAAACAGAAACCGUUGCCACUGUUAAAAUGGAUACAGCAGAUGCUGUAGAGGCCACCGCAACAGUAAACCAAGCAAGCGCUAUUGACACAUCUGUGGAAGCUCCGGUCGCAAACGAACCGCAUCAGGUUGCUGCGACCGAUACACCCGGAAACAACACACCUGCUUAAUUUGAAGUUGCGAAUCACUUUUGCAGAGGUUGCCUUGGCUUACGUUAAUCCAAGAGAGGAUUAGGCUAAACUGAAGCGACUUGGGCAGGCAGGGCAGUUCUCGGAGCGCGACCUUGGAAAUAUCACGCAUAACUUCAGCGAAGUGUCCAGCUGAAAAGCUGAAAUGCAGGGAAUUUUUUAACGCUUGCUGUGCUAUUUUGCACUCAUAGAGUAUUACAAAAAACUGUCGACUGCUUGAAUGUCCCAAAUUUUGCUACAUCCUGCAGUAAAUAUCAGUACGAACUGCUAACGAUUUACAACUUUACAUUAUCAAACGAGAAGUUUUGAUACAUGGUUAGUUUUACUAAUAACGGUAAUUACCUAUUUAUUUUUUGGUGGUCUCUUCUCGUCCUAUUAUAUUUAUCGCGCUUUAUGUGCAAGA